AUGAGGCUCCUCCUGAUUAUCACAAUUCUGCUGUUUCAGAAGUUCACAGUCACUGAACAGCUUAAAAAAUGCUGGAGUAGCUAUGUGCAAGGACGCUGCAGGAAAAUCUGCAAAGUUACUGAAAUGCGGGAGGUAUUAUGUGAAAAUGGGAGGUAUUGUUGCCUCAAUAUCAAGGAAGUGGAAGCACGUAAAAGAAUUACAAAGCGUCCUCGUCCAAAGCCGAUAACAUAUGCACUGACUUUGCCUCAAGAUUAUGAUACAUCAAUGGAAAAUAGCUCAUACCCUAACCCAGAUUCUCCAUAA